AUGUAUGGGCAAUGUACGUUGCAACAGAUAUUCACGGAAGCACUUGGACUUGUGUCCUUCUCACUCAGAUUUUUAGAUGUUCACGUAGGAAUGGAUCAAUCAUACUUUGAGAUUUAUUUGCAUUUUGAUUUUGAUCAAGUCAUUUCAAUUUGAUACCAUAAUAAUUGAUUCGUUCGUACAGUUGGUUUGAAAUGGCAAUAUGUAGUAUCCCGAUGAUCGAUGACAUUAUCGAGUAAACAAAGCAGGAGGAAAUCUAUAUGAUAACACACAGCCAAGCUGGUACUGCGUUUUUCGUCAUAGUGAAUAGUUAGUGAAUAGCCAGAUUAUCAAGAGAAAAUUACUAAUGUUUUUCCUAUAGCAUUCAUCAUGUCUCAAACCACAGAUCCUCUUUGCCAAGUAUUGGGAUUGCCAAGCUUAUAUUAAAGAUAUCAAUGUAAUAAUAUGUUUAUCAUUCAAAAUUAAUUUGGAUAUUGCUAAUAAAUAUUGCACUUACUAGCUAGUAAAACUUGUGAAAUUACAAACUGUAAUUGCUAUAGCUGAUAAUUAA